AUGAUCAAGCGGUUAUUGAAACCCAAGGUGCCUAUUCUGAAGUUAGAGCAUGAUCAAAGAGUAACGUCUAGUUCCCAGACGGUCUUUAUUCGAGGUAAUUCUGUUGAACAAGACGAAGCAAAGGUUGUAUUAGCGAAAGAAAAAGAUCAAGAUUUCCACUGUCUCAAAGGUGCGUACGCGCUACUUGUCUCUCAUCAUCAUGAUCAUCAAGAUCGAAGGUGUACGACGGGAUUCACUUUUGUAAGUUAUAAAAACCAUGGAGACGUGUUGAGGGACAAGUUUAUCAACGUCAAGUGGAAGUGGAAAGAUAAUGACAUUUUUGAAUAA